AUGUCACAGAGGGGACCUGCACCUACAUCUCGGCCUCCAUCGCAGUCACCCCCUCGCCCUUUCCAACAAAGCUCUCUUCCAGGACAACAAGAUGUUGCUAGGGAUCCGUACGCUCCACGGUCGUCGUUGGGCAUCAGAGGCUUGAUCAACCCCUCCGAGGCACACGCAGAAGGGUACCAGGGGGAGACGUCGCAACCUCGGAGUGCCGAGCCCCAGGGCUCGCCCUACGGCAUGCCCCCGAGACACUACAGCACUUCGGAUCGACCAUACUCGUUUCCUGGUCCCCCGGGAUCACAACCAGUAACCCCAGCUGGGCACCCAGCCACGACACCUCUUGGGUACACUCCCUCGGAGAGCUCGCCAAAGGGCGGCUUCCCCUUUCCGACGAUGGGCAGGCAAGUUCUCAGCCCCAGGGAAACACGAGCAGCCAGCGUCGGUCAGGGAAGCAUCAAGGGUCACGAGGGCCAGCAAACCCCCUUCCUACCUCCUUCGGCGCCGCGAGCGAAACGUCCUUACGAGGAGGAGCCAAGUCGUCCGCCGCCCGGUCUCCCGUUCUCCGGCCCGCCAUCCCUCGGUCCUCCACCUUCGACCAUGGGACCGUUGACGACGCCCCCCCGAUCCAUGUCCCAGCCAAUGGUUGGACAGCUACCGCAUGCUGAUAGGCCUCAGCUGCCUCCGAUGGCACGAGAUCCCAGAGGACCGGAAUACCAGGGCCAGCAAGGCAUGAUGCCUUCCGGGCCCAACUACCCGCCACAAGUCUCUCCCCCCGGCCCCGUGUGGUCGGCCCCUGGGAGCGGAACGGCCUUGUACCAGAGCCUGCGGUCCGAAUCUGCAAAGGCGGUGAUGGAGGGCGGGAUAAUGUUCAGGAUUGGAGGGGACAGCGGGAUGGUGGUGCCCGUCGACGUUCACCAAGCAUCGAAGCAGGCGGACGAGAAGCGGCAACGCAACGCCGGCGCGUCCGCGCGGUUUAGGCAACGGAAGAAGGAAAGAGACGCAGAGCAGAUCGCCACCAUGAACAAGCUGGAGCAGAGGAACCGGGAGUUGGAGUCUCGCCUGCGGGACUUGACUCAGGAGAGAGACUUUUACAGGGAUGAGCGGAACCGGUUGCGUGAGGUGGUCCUGCGCACACCACUCAGUGACAUGGCGAACGGGCCACCCAGCCCGACGUCUUCACGGAGUGGUGGUUCGAUGGCAGAGACCAGCCCAAUGGCGCAGGCACCCAUCCUCUCUCACCCCCAGCAGGGCUACGCGUCAAGCGAGUCGUCUGUGGAGAGACCGGCACGACGACGGAGGACCGACUCUGCGCCGACGCCCGAGUUCUCGGUCCCGUCGUACGGCACGCCGGUUCCCCAACCGGGCAACCUGCCUCCGAUGCAGGCUGGAGCGUACGGCAUGAUGCAGCGCCCACCUUCGACGGCCCCCGGUGGCGAGAGACUGCCUCCUCUCCGAGCUAUGGAAGGGCCCUUCGGAGCUCCCGGGUCAGAGCCGGGAAUGGUUCAAACCCCCGGCGGUCCGAUGUACCCCAGCUACACCCGCGUCCCCCACGAGACGGGGUUCGCCAGCAGACCCCCUGGCCCUCCGCCUCACCACGGACACCAUCCGCAUGACCAGGGCCAGCGGUGA